UCGAUUUCCGUCGCAAAUGGCGCACCCUGCAAAACGGUCAAGGUAUGAUGUUCUUGCCGCAGCUACCGCUCAGUUUUACAACACUACAGGAACAGUACCGGGAAGUCUUCACCUGGCAACUGAUAUCUCCUACCUAGUUACUAAUCAACCGAGUUGCACUAUUGUUGUUGCAGACAUCCCGGAAGGUUGUACAGAAAGGGAUUUGAUUGGUCUUUUCAGCAGAUACGGGCAGAUUAAAAAUGCCAAGCUGGUAUGCAGUGGUCGAGCUGCUCUUGUUGAGUUUUGUGAAAUUUCUCCUCCCACUAGACUUGUCCACAUGGCGAAAAUCAACCCUUUUUGUGUCGGUCCGAAUCGCGUUAGGCUGGAAUUUUCUUCCGAAACAAUUACUCCUGUAAUUGACCGCAAACAUCAAUCACAGUCUUCAGCCUUGGACAACAAUGCCCCUACACGCAUUCUCCAUUUAGAUAUUUCAAAUGCUGAAUACCCAAUAACUGUCGAUGUAAUAAAGGCAAUCUGUUCUCCUCAUGGGAAUAUCCUAAGAACCUUUAUUGGGAAAAAGAAUGUUGAUCGUUCAUUAGAAGCUCUUGUUGAGUUCGAAAAUGUUGAAGAGGCUAGGGCAGCCAAAGAGCAGCUUGAUGGUGCUGACAUAUAUUCCGGUUGUUGUAAUCUUACGGUUGCAUAUUCCCGUCUUCAACGUGUUCAUGUGACUCAGAACGAUAGUGAAUCAUGGGAUUUUACUGGUCCAAGUGGCAAUUUAGAGGGACCCUUAAACAAUUCUUCCACUCAGCGUACGCUACUUGGCUCAGUAGCUCCACCUCCCAACUCAGCCGUAGCUCCUGCAAUCUUACCACCUCCUGCAGCCGCCCCAUUCCCACAAGUGUCUCCGGUGUAUGGCGCACAACCCUACCCCCCUUCCCAAACACCGAUGGGUUACUAUGGAGUGGGUCCACUUAUUCCUCCGGCGUGCGCUGUCCCUGCAGGGGCACCAUUUGCCUCUCCAUACCCAGGUUACUGGCAACCUAAUAUGAUCCCAGCUGCUGGUAUCCAGUCGCUCAGGCCACAAGCUUCGACUGGUUUCACACCACCAUCACAAAUCAUAAUACUUCCAACCCCUCCUUCAGUUCAUCAAGUAAAUGCUAGCGGAAUUGGGAUUGGUCAUUCAACAUCAAACCUAUCUGUAUCAACUCCGGCUGCUCGUCAAUCGGACUUGUCAGUUUUUGAAGCUAUUGAAGGUGUAGUUUUAAUGGCCAGCAAUAUACCACAGCGCAUGAAUUGUGAUCAUCUGUUCAAUUUAAUUUGUCUGUAUGGUAAUGUUGCACGUAUUAAGUUCCUGAAGACACGCCCUGGCUAUGCAAUGGUUCAAGUCGGAAACCCAGAAACAGGUGACCUCAUACAUCGAUACUUCAGUGGGGUGUGUGUGUUCGGGCAAGUUAUCCAGUUUCAUCACAGUAAGGUGACGGAGCUUAAGGAACAUGAAAAUCUGGGGACAUUGGCUGAUGGGUCACCAGUUAUGAAAAACUACAUGACGGACCCCAACAAUCGCUUCCGAAACUCAAUGGUGGCUGCCAAAAGUAGAAUUCUAGAACCUUCUCGCACACUUCAUUUCUUCAAUGCCCCCCUUAAUUUUAGUCCAGAUGACAUUUGCCGAGUGUUCUCAGAUUGUGGUGCCACACCUCCACCCCGUGUUGUAAUAUUCACUUCUAAAGCAGGUCAAAAAACUUCUCUUGGAUUGGUAGAAUGGGAUACGUUGACUGAGGCUCUUGAGGCCCUCAUUUUGGCAAAUCACCGGCCAGUUCACUUAUCUGGAUACGCUCAUCCUUUUCAUCUAAAAAUUGCCUUUAGUCCGAAACCUAUAUCGGAUGACAGAGCUGGCAUUUCGCUGAUACGUUAUCCUGCACCUCCUUUGAUGCCUGGACACCAUGGAUCGUUGGCGAUAAAUGGUCAGCGAAAUGACAAGGCUCCUGGUGGCGGUUCUAAUGGGGAACAAGAGGAUGAAUUAGAUAUUCUGUCGAAAAUGGAGAAAGCCGAAGGUUGUGCAAAGCCUGAAUCAAAGGGUGACUCAGCGGGUGCUAAAUCUGAUUCAACUAAAUUUCCAGAAGAUGAAUCCAAUGGUGCACCAAAUUCGUCGGAAGUGACCGGAAACGAAACUUAGACGUGCGAUAACGAACUAAUAUAUUUCAGUAUAUUUAACACCCGCGUUUCAUUAUGCUUAGCUUAUUGAUGGCCACUUGCAAAUGAGUAUGUGGUUAUUCUGUCUUUUUUUCAUGCGUAUAUAUGUCAUGUAGAUGAUUAUCUCAUCAUGGUCACAACUAUCAUGUUUAUUAUGUUUGUAAUAGAUCCUAAUAUUUUUAUGUGGCAGUAGCCUUACAUAUUUUAUAAAGUUAAAUAAUAAAUAAUUUGUUCCUUUUGCUCUUUCCACUGCUUAGCAUAUGGUAUAUUUAUGUUGUAUUUCUAUUUGAGGAAUCAGGUCCCAUUAAGUUAUGUUGAUGGUAUCAUGUCUCCUGAUCAUUAAAUUCAUUAAUUCAUUCAUGUCUAAUUAUGAAGUCAACCACUUUAGAGCUUUACUUUUUAUGUGCUUAUAUAAUCACUCAUGUUUAUUAUAGUCAUUGUUUUAUUGGCAUAAAACAUAUCCUAAAUGAAAUAUUAAUUUGUUCUACGAAACCUUAAGAUAUUUUACUAUAUAAAGCAAAUGUUUUGAUGUAUAUACAUAUAUAUUAUGUGCCUUUAUUUAUUUUAUGUCUGGUUAGGCUAGUUAGGUUCAUGAUUUGUGCAAUAUUAUAAGUUGUUAUUAUUAUGCCGUUUAUGUAGACCUUCGUUUGUAGUUGAUUUGGUUAAUUUCAUCGUAUGUCCCCCCCCCAGAUAAUAUAAAGGGUUGCCAUUGUGAUUACCCACAUUACUUUGGUGAUAUUAUAAACGUAAUUCAAUUAUUGCGUUCUAUGGUUGCCAGUUUCAGAAUCUCAUGGUAAAUGACAUUUGAAAACUGAUAUUUAUCUCCUUGUUGUAAUUUCUUUUAUUGUGAAAUAUUUCUGAUAUAGAUCAAAAAAGAAAUUCAAGUAAUAAAUUAUUCCUUACUUGC